CUCCAAAGUCCUCAUAACGCUUCCUCUUGUAGCGCGAUGGACUCCUUUAAUCUGAAAACCGCUUCUGCAUACCUUAACAAUUUGCUUCUUGCACGUGGGCUUUUGCGCAAUGGGAAACCCAUUGAGUUUGCCAGGCCCUCAAAGGGCGAGGGCGGCGCAGAAGCUACAAUGGCCCAGAUAAUCAACUUAGUACACGACAUGAUUCUGCGAAGAGAUCGCGAACAAGAGCAACGAGAAGCACUGGCCGAAACACUCCGGUCUCUGCGCGGCGAGGCGACGCGAAAUGCACAAACUAUCGAUCGCCUAGAAAUGCGCAACGAGGAUCUUACGCGCCAAUUGUCUCUGGCAAACUCGCAAGAACGCUCUGCAAGAAGUGCGCUGCGCUCCGCCGAGGCGUCCGUGAAGGCGUUGAGAGAAGAGAUGGCAAGAAUGAAAGCGACAGUUCAGCAAAUACGGAUAUCAUGCGCAAACGACGUUCGCAAGCGCGACGUGCAGAUUCAGAGGCUGAAGUCGCACCUGACCGCCCAGCAAAGAGGCAACAAGACGGGACUAGUCGGGGCGAGCAUCACGAUCACUCCUGGGGUCACGGGAGCAAGCGUUAACGGAACUGCGUCGAGACUAGGCGAUGCGCCCGAUGUCGACGAUCCGGAGUACAAUCUCCGCCAGGAAACCACCGAAUUCCUUACGCAGCUCAGUCAGAGCCUCAGCGAUGAGAACGACAAUCUGAUCGGCCUCGUGAGGAGCACGCUGUCCACGCUAAAAGAGCUUCAAGGAAUACCAGACAAUGCCGAGCAAGCCGCCUUAUCCAAUGGUUCUGAAGAUCAGGGCAGCGAUCAGCAUAUGGUUCACACGCUGCCAACUUCUUACGAGUCUCUCGCGAUUGACAUGCACAAUGUCCUUGAAAACCUGCGAACGCUCUUGACCAAUCCCAACUUUGUGUCCAUUGAUGAGGUCACUGCUCGAGAAGAGGAAAUUGCACGGCUACGUGAAGGGUUUGACAAGAUCGAGAUUCGAUGGCGCGAAGCUAUCGCUCUAAUGGACAGCUGGAGAAAGCGUAUGAUGAAUGGUGGCGACACCGUGAAUAUCGAGGAGCUAAAGCAUGGUCUGGGACUAGGUUGUGGUUUCGGAGCUUCAGUCGCUCUGCGAGAUCACGGCGCAACGGAUUCCGAGGCCGAAGAUGAGCCAAGCUUUGAGGAGCCUGCAGACCUUGCGGAUAUAGAGGAGGUUCCGAGCAUGGUUGAGUCGGUUGACUUAGUCCCUAGCAUUAUUCCAGACGAUGGGAAGUCGAAGAAAAGCUCGGCCGCCUACAAAGCACAGCCCCUAAAAGAAAGCACCGGCAAUGCAGUAUCACCGAGGAAGUCUGCACUAAAGAUCCACAAGGAUAAAGAGCCACCAAGUUCAGAGAAUGCAGAGGAGAGACUGGGUUCAGUGACGCGCCAUCCGCGGAAUGGAUCAACGAGCAAGCCUAAGCAAAGCUCAGCAACAGGAAAUGAUAAGGAACCAUCACGCAUUCCACGCAAAACAAAAAAGCGUUUAAGCUCUCCUCACCCACAUGGAGAGGAGCGAAGCCCGAAACGUAAUUCGAGUCCCAAGCUUACCAUGCAAGAAAAACUUAAUAUUGCUCAGGCAGAGGCAGAAGCUGCCGCUGUAGCCGCGGGCUCGGAAGUUGACGAGCUCGAUAUUGAACUAGAGGGGCUGGAGCACGAUCGGGUGCGAAAGGGUGAGAUUGAAAUCCCCAAGCCGAGGGCAAGGAGAGAUCUUGCGAGCAAUUCGAGGAAGACGAAGAUUGGGGGACGACCAAAGCGAAGGAAAUCCACACUAACGCCAGAGGAAUUGGAGAGUCUGAUGUUCGUGAGUUGAUCGCGGAGGGGUCGUGACGGCCGGAGUUACAGCAUUUGAUAAUGCUCGCAGUGUUCAUAGGCUUGUCCUUGGUGUCGGAAGCAAGAUACCCCCUUUCUGAGUGCGCAUAAUUACAAGCCAGGUGACGAUUGAUCUCCACCGUAUGCGUCGUGAAGUCUGCGAGUGGAGGACGUGAGCGGCUUAAAGCUGUCAAGGGGUUGAGCCGGACGAGAGGCAUUUUGAUUGCACAAAAUCGACAUUGCCGCCGUUCAGUAUGCAGAGCAUCAAUCCACCUGCUGCCAACGUGCAGAACCUACCUUGUUCAGUGCCAGUACGCGGCCUUCCGCUGCCCAUCUCGUGAUGCAGCACAACGGCAUGCAAUGCAAGGCACGCGGUAUGGACCAGUGAGGAGACAAGCACGGGAAGAGGCAUUGUCAACAAAUUGAUGGCGUUUUUCCCGAAAGGGUAAUGGCCGCUAAUUUCUUCGACAUGUAUUAUGCUUCUAAGCGCUACGCUAGACCAGGACGUUCACGGCAAUGAAUAUGGACACUGACCAGAUCUCCGAGGGCAAGGGUCAGGUAUCGGUUGGCCGAAUCGAUCAUCUUCAGGUAAACUUGAACGGACGGUAGGCCAGACGGCACAAACGACACAAGCAAGACUCAUGUGCGACGUGGAGGAUAUCCUAGCCAGACUGUAGAACAGCGCAGUUCCAUUUUUCACAGGUUUGGAAGGACGGACGGUCGCGUACCGUCCAACAGGCUCGGGCAAACAUUGAAAUGCUGAAGUGGCCUUCCAGAAAGCCGUCGUCGAUCCUCUCGGGGAGGUUUACAGCUGAGAGGCUGGCUCCAUGGCAUGUCCAUGUCCGGCUCAAAAGCCGCUUGACCAGCGGCAGGGAAGUGCGCAGAUGGUCUGUCGAAUCUCGUCGACAGCAUGCAGGUGUUGAAUGCGUGAUGUCGGACGGGAACAGCACGGUCACUCACGCUCUCAGUCGAGGCGCAGACGGUGAUUGGCUGGCGGGGCUCGGCUGG